GGGCGCUCUCAUUCUUUGGCUGGGAGCUAGAGGAGGGACUCUCAGAUGGUGCUCUCCGUGCUAACUGGCUGGGAUUGAGGGCGUGACCACGAGAGCCCGCGUUUCAUGCUCAUUGGCUGGGAUGCAAGGGCGGAUCUACGGGGAAGUAGCCUGGAGGCAGCGAUCAUGGAGAGAUCCAGCGCAGGCUUCCGGAAGGAGCUGGUGAGCAGACUGCUGCACCUGCACUUCAGAGAUGACAAGACCAAAGGUGUGGGUGCUACCAGCGGGGCAGGAGGCAAGGACUGGCAGUGGGGGAACUUUCUAACCUACUCUCCUUUUGCAGUCAGUGGGGAUGCCCUACAGCUUAUGGCGGAGCUGCUGAGAAUCUUCGUAGUGGAAGCAGCAAUCCGGGGGGUGCGGCAGGCCCAGGCAGAAGACAUGACUCUGGUGGAUGUGGACCAGCUGGAGAAGGUGCUUCCUCAGCUGCUCCUGGACUUCUAGGGGUAUCCACCGCUUACAGGCCACCCCCAGGAAGCCAGUAUUCUCCCUGCAAGCUGCUAUGUCUCCUAUGGCCUGCAGUUGUCUGAGCUAGAUCCGUACCAGCACUGACACUUUAGUCCCAACAUUGUUCCCUAGCCUUGGGGGAUGACAAGAUCCUGGCAGCUGCCACCCUUCUUGGCACCCUCUUGGUUUGUGGUUCAGACUCCUGGGGACAGUCCCUGUGGGUCCUAGGGAGGCAGGUGUGUUGGGGGGGGGGGACUGGUCUGCUCCUGGCCACAGCUACCCUUGAUAGCCCAUGUGUUUUCAAACCAACCAGCUGCCUUACCACCCCAACACCAAAGCCGGUGUGCAGCUUUUUACACACCUGAUACUUCCCUGAGCUGUAACUUUGUCCUCACAAAACAUCAAUAAAUUG